AUGGAAGGGUUUAUUAGUGAAGACAAUUUGAAUGGAACAGAAUUGGCAGAGCAAAGCGUAAGAAUGACACAUCAACUAGGUAGCCAAGCAAGUUUUCUGAUUGCUGCUGACAUUGAAACUUUGGAGAGAACUUUGGCGACUCAAUGGAAAGCUGAUGAAAGCAACAAUUUGGAUGGAUCAACUGCGAUGCUAAGAAGGCUCAAAUGUAAAUUGUUGGAGAUGUUACCUGAUUUGCUAUGGAUCAAAAGGAGUUUGAUAAUAGAAAACAAGGUUAUAGAGUGGAUGUCAGCAACCCCAACACGGGCAAAGUGGUUAAUUGAUGGCAUGGAUAAGAAAAAAGGCCCCUGGGCUUGUACGGAGACUAGCAAGCGACAAACAAAAAUCAGCUUCUUCAAACCUAUCACUUGGCAAGCUGGAAUUAAUUAUUUGAUUCAACUCCUAGAGCUUGCUAUUGCUUUGGUUCAAAACAAAGACUGUAUGGAGUAUCAUUGGGCCCAACGUUCUUGGAACCAUCUGGACUGCCUUGUCAUUCAAGCCCUCAAGGUAUCAGCCCUAGUUGAUGGAGAGCCCUGCAGCUACAAGGCCAGCGGGCUACAAGAGGCCAUGGAAAUGUUCCAGCCACAGGUCCUGGCAGAGGCUAUAGUUUUAGAUUUUUUAAAGGAAGUUUUAAACCCAAGAGGUGUCCUUGUGCUUGAUGGAAAGCCUGCGCCUGAAAAAACACCCGGCUUAUGUGAGCCAGAGCUAAAAGAAUUGCUUGAGGUAGCUGCUCAUCAAGGUCAAGACAUGAUUCCCAAACUACCUGCUGGGAAUAGACUUGAAAAGUGGGGAAGUGUUUCAGAAUCUUUCACCUGGCAAUUGCUCUCAGUUGAUGACCCAAAUCAAGUUGUGUUUGGUUUUAAAAACAAAAGGCCGCCAACAUCUCAAUGGACUCCACAUGUUGGGGAAUAA